CUCCGCAGCCAUUAGCAGCCCCGCGCCGGCGCGGGGAACUACAACUCCCGGCGGCCCCCGCGCCACGCCGCUUCCCGCCGAGCUAAGAUGGCGGCCGCCGUGGAACGUGUGGUGGGAGAGGCGCCGGCAGGCUACACGGCUCUGGCGGUGAAGUUCGGGGAGCGGCAGCGCUCUCCCCACUAUUUGUUGGUGAAGGAGCACCAGCUGCGGGAAGGCGCCGGCACCACGCACCCCCCUCAUCGCACCCUCUUCGUCCUCAACGUGCCCCCGUACUGCACCCCGGGCUCUCUGUCCAGGCUGUUCAACCGCUGCGGGCAUGUCCAGUCUGUGGACAUGUGUGACAAGCCAGGGCCCGGGGAGAAAAAAGAGAAACUGAACUCCAGGUUCUUCAACUGCAAAACUGUAACGGGAUUUCGAGUGGCGUAUGUGGUGUUCAAGAAACCAGCUGGCGUCCAGGCAGCCAAGGCUCUGUCGAAGGAAGGUCCCUUGCUGAUCUCAGCAGAGAGUCACCCUGUGAAAACCGGCAUUAGGAAGUGGAUCGCCAGCUAUGCAGCUUCAAUUGUGGAUCAGGAGGAGCUGAAGGCUGAGGUGGAUGCCUACAUGCAAGACUAUGACAAAAAGAUAGAAGAGGAAGAAGCCAAAGCAGCCAAGGAGGAGGGUGUUCCGGAUGAGGAGGGCUGGGUGAAGGUAACACGGCGGGGCCGGAAGCCUGGUCUGCCCCGGACAGAGGCGGCCAACCUGCGCCUGCUGGAGAGGGAGAAACAGAAAAGGGCCCGCAAAGAGCUGCUCAACUUCUAUGCCUGGCAGCAUCGUGAGACCAAGAGAGAACACAUUGCCCAGUUGAGGAAGAAAUUUGAGGAGGACAAGCAGAGGAUCGCGUUGAUGCGAGCCCAGCGCAAGUUUCGGCCAUACUAAGCUGUGCUGAGCUAUUCCUUGGGUGCCCAGGCUGGAGAGGUUCCUAUGGACUCCGUAUCCCAAAGGAUUUCAAGGAACUGAGGCAUCUUCAGAUUGUCCCUGCCCUUAGAUCUGAAAUGGGAGAUCCCAGCAACUGUCACUGAAGGAGAAGUUUCUUGCAAUGGAAUUCUGCUCUCCUGGCCAUCAUUUGGCCCUGUGGCAUCACUUCCCAGGGUGCUCAGGCCAAGGGGCUGAGGCCUUUCCUGUGACAACUUGUAUUUCCCUGCUGCCCAAGGCCCUCUUCUAGCUUGGUGAGAGGUGGGAUUGACCCAGCACAGCCUCUUUAGGGGCAAGAAUGGCUGAAGAACUGUAAAUAAACUGCUGCUAUGUUCUCAGAAUGUGGGGAUGCCUCUCUCCCCUUUGGUCUGCGUGGGGAGACCUGGAGCUUCUGGUAUGCUGGGGUGGCAAUAAAAGUCAUGGCUUGUA